AUGCAGAAAGAAGAAAAAGUUCUUUCUAAACAAUUUGAAAAAUUGACAUUCGUUAAAAAUCAAUCGACUACAUUAAUUUUUCAUACUGCAUAUUAUAUUGCUAAAUUUAACAGACCAUUUAAUGACCAUUUUAAUCUUUUGCAACUACAACAACUGAAUGGGAUUAAAAUUGGUACUACACUUCAUUCAAGGUUUUCUUCAACUAAUAUUGUUGACCAUAUAUCUUUUAAAAUAAAACAGAAAAUUGUUGCUAAUAUUAUUGAGACUGGGAGCCAAAUUAUCAGUUUUAAUUGAUGAAUCUACUACCGUUAGUGCAGUUUGUGGUAUGGUUGUUUUUAUUUCAAGCUUCUAUUUCUUGUAAUGAUCCUAUUUUUAUUUUCUUAGACCUUGUUGAGUUUGUUAGUCAAACAGCUGAAAACAUUUUGAAUCAACUUAUUAAAUGUUUAAAAGAGUCUGGUUUUAAUGAUGAUUACUUAAUAAAUAACUGGNUAAUGCAUUACCAAAGAAUCAAAAUGAACUAAAAAAUAUCUGUAACAAAUUAGAUACAAUUUUUUUAAAGGUGGGACGUGUAUCACUGGGUGGCUAGUAGCUUAAGAGCAGUUAAAGUUAUAUGGAAAAUGUUUGAAGCUUUAUGUAACCAUUUUUCAAGUGCAUCAUUUGACACAAAUAGGAAUGGUAAAACAAGAGCCAAAUACAUUGGACUAAGAAAAAGGCUAGUUAGUCCUGAAUUUCCAUUAGAUUUUGGUUUAAUGUGUGAUUGUCUUAAUGAAUUAUCCGUCUUGUCAAACAUACUCCAGAAGCGUUCUGUAACUUUAAUUCAAGCUCAGCAACAUAUAAAUAGGAGUGUAAGAGUUUUCAUUUCAUUUAAAGAUUUAAAUGGUGAUUACAUGACUAAAGAAACAGUCACAUUAAAUGACAUGUCUUUUAAAAAUAUUAAAUUAGAAAAAAAACUCUUAAUUAGUUAACAUUAAUCAUGGUCAAUUGCUUACUAGUCUUGUUGAUAACUUAAAAGCUAGGCUCUUGGAUAAAGAACAAGAUAUUUCAAUACUUCAGGAUAUACAAAUCAUGGAUACAACAUACGUUAUGGCGAAUAUAAAAUCAACCAAUUAUGCAAACGUUUUCAACUUAAUAAGAAUGAUGCUAUUAAUGGCUUAAGACAAAAAAUUGAAGAUCAAAAUAUUUCAUUUAAAAAUGUUAUGCCUGAAUUGUAUAACUUUAUAAACCUUUCCUUGCUCAACAGCAGAGUGUGGACAGGGGUUUAGUUUGAUGAACAACAUAUGCAUAAAGUUACGUUCUAGGCUAACUAUUCAACAUAUGGCCAGUCUUAUGUUUAUAAAUAUCAAUGGACCCCCACUAGAACAAUUGGAGCCAGAAACUUAUGUCAGUAGUUGGUUGCUAAAUCAUAAAACUGCUGAUGACACUAGAACGAAAAAAAAUGUCAUUAAGGAACCAAAAACCGCAGAAGAAAAAAAAAGUUUAUGGAAAAUACUAUAA